AUGACAAUUACUUCAAGUGUUAGUGAAGAAGGAGAAGGAAAGUCUAUAUAUGAAAUAGUAGGGAUAUUAAUAGUAGGGAUAUUAAUAAUAACAUUAAUGUCACAUAUAAUAGUAAGAUUAAUACCAUGGUUACAUAUAUUAUCCGAGUCAAUAGUAUCAUUAUUUAUAGGAGUAAUAGUAGGAUUAAUUCUAUUAGUAUUACAUUAUCUUGGAGUAGACUUUUUAUUAGAUGCACUUCAUUUUGCACAUAUAUUUCAAACCAUAUUUUUACCAUGUAUUAUAUUUAAUGCAGGAUUCACAAUGAAAAAAAGGAAUUUUUUUGCAAAUAUUAUUCCAAUUUUAUCAUAUGCUAUUGGAGGAUGUGUACUUUCAUCAUUAAUAAUUGGAUUUGGAAUAUAUGGAUAUACAUUUUUAGGAAAUAUUAAAUUUAUUGGACUUGGUAAAAAUAAUUUAAAUAUAACUCAAUCACUUCAAUUUGGUACGUUACUUGGUGCUACUGAUCCAGUUGCUACACUUGCAUUAUUUCUUGAAUUAAAUGUAGAUCCAUUAUUAUAUUCAUUAGUUUUUGGAGAAUCAGUAUUAAAUGAUGCAGUUUCUAUUGUAUUAUUUCAUACAUUAGAUGGAACAGGAACAUCAUUUGGAUGGUUAUCUUUAGUAAAAAUAAUCGUUCAAUUUUUAGUUAUUUCUAUUGGAUCAUGUGCUAUUGGAUUAUUUGUUUCAUAUUUUUCAGCAUUUAUUUUUAAUAAAAUGAAAGGAAUAAAUGUUUCAAGUACAUUUAAUUUGGUAUUAAUUCUUUGUGUUGCAUUUCUUGGAUAUUUUAUUUCUGAAUUAUUAGAAAUGUCAGGAAUUUUAACUAUUUUUGUAACUGGUGCAGUUAUGUCACAUCAUCAUUGGUAUUCUGUUCCUGAAAAUCAAAGACCUACUCUUUAUACUUCAGUUGGAACACUUGCAUUUGUAAGUGAAACUUUAACAUUUAUUUCAGUUGGAAUUACAUCAUUUAGUCCAUCAAAUUUAACACUUGAUUUAUGGAAUCCAAUUUUUAUUCCAUAUGUUAUUCUUUUGUGUUUUAUUUCAAGAGCUUUUAAUAUUUUCCCUAUUACUUUUAUUAUGAAUCUUAGGAAAAAUUCACCUAAAAUUACUUGGAGACAUCAAAUAAUGUUAUGGUAUGCUGGAUUAAGAGGUGCUAUUGCUGUUCUUCUUUCUUUACAAAUGGCAUCACCAAUUAUUAUUAAUACAACUUAUUCAAUUGUUUUAUUUACAAAUGUUGUUAUUGGAAUGACUACUCCUCCUUUAUUAAAAUUAAUGAAAAUAGAAAUGGGAGGAAGUGAACCAUUAAAUGUUAGAUUAAUUGAAACUGAUGAAGACGUAAAUAUUAAUGAUCCAAAUGCAACAAAUAGUAAUAAAGCUUUUAAAAAAAUGUUAGUUAUGUUUGAUGAAUUAGUAUUAAAAAAAUGGUUUGGUGGACAACCAAGAAAAGAAAAAGAAUUGGCUCAAAUUGAUCCAUUUUUAGUUAAUCAUCCUCCUGAUGGUUUAGAAACUGAUAGAGAAAAAGUUGAUAGAAUGUUUAGAGAACAUGCUCAAAAUCAACUCCAAAAUAAAUCAAAUGAUGAGAUCUCUUCUAAUCAAAUCGUUUCUACUGAUACUCCGAUUCCUAUUUCUAAUGAAAGUCCUUCUUCUAUUCAAGUGGAAAUGACUGAAGAACCAAUUAAUGAAUCUUCUUCUGAUAAUAUUAAUAAUUCUUUAGAUCCUUCUAUUAAUCAUUCUAUUUCUUCUAAUUCUUCAAAUAAACCAUUAGACCAACUUAUAAUAGAAUGA